CUUCAUUCUACACGUUAUUUAACUCGACAUGGUGCAAAAUGUGUUGGAGUACUUGAAUAUGAUGCAGCUAUUAUUAAUCCCGAUGGCAUUGAUCCAAAAGAAUUAGAAGAUUAUAAAUUAGAAAAGGGUACAAUUAAAGGUUUUCCCGGUGCUAAACCAUAUGAUAAAGAUCCAAAAGAAGAAUUACUUUGCGAACAAUGUGAUAUUCUUGUACCAGCAGCAAGUGAACGACAAAUUACAUCAGAAAAUGCUCAUCGUAUAAAAGCUCGAAUUAUUGCUGAAGGUGCCAAUGGACCAACAACACCUGAAGCUGACGUCAUUUUAUUGAAAAAUAAUGUACUUGUUAUUCCAGAUUUAUACAUAAAUGCUGGUGGUGUAACUGUUUCAUAUUUUGAAUGGUUAAAAAAUUUAAGUCAUGUCAGCUAUGGUCGAUUAACAUUUAAAUAUCAACGUGAUACUAAUUACUCUUUACUUGAAUCAGUUCAAGGUUCAUUAGAAUCUAAAUUUGGUCGUAUGGGUGGAAAAAUUCCAAUUGUUCCAAGUGAAGAAUUUUUUAAACGUAUGGCUGGUGCUUCAGAAAAAGAUAUUGUACAUUCAGGUCUUGAACAAACAAUGGAAAAAUCUGCACGUGCUAUUAUGCAAACAGCAAUGCGUUAUAAUCUUGGACUUGAUAUUCGUACAGCAGCAUAUGUCAAUGCGAUUGAAAAAAUUUAUAAUGUUUAUGUUAGUGCUGGUAUUACAUUUGGACAAUAG